AUGGAUAAUCAGAAGGAAAAGUUGAAAAAUAGUAUCUUGAGUAACAAUGAAAUAGAAAUAACUGAGUUAUUAGACAAUGGAUUUGAUCCUAAUUUCGAAAACGGUUGGCCUAUUAGACUAGCUGCUCGACAUGGACUUUACUCUAUUGUUAAAAUAUUCAUACAGUAUGGAGCAAAUCCACACGCAUUGAAUGAAGCAGGUGCAUCAACCUUACAACUAGCGGUGUAUUCUGGCUUAAACUGGGAUAGUAAUGACUGGACAUAUUUAUUAUCAUGUUGUGACUCUUCUCAGCUGGCCGACGGUGCUGCCGUUGCUAUCAUUUUUAACAAUAUAAAGGCAUUGAAAAAAAUUCUAUCUACUGGAAGAUGUAACACUAAUAUACCAACGACUUUAACAGGCAAAACCGUGGAAGAUUUAGCGAAGGGGCAUAAAUUGCAUUAUUUAUUGAAUUUUCCUGUGGUAGAAAAUAGUCUCGAAGUUUCACCGCAUCAACCUCAUCGAAUAAACAGAUCGGAUAUCAGAAAUUCACAAAUUCGACAACAUGGAAAUAGAAAUUUAUCACCAUCUGUAGCACGUUUCUUUGACCUUACCGCUGGCCAGCCAUCUUUGAGUCCUCCACAUAGUCCGUUAAGGAUUUUUAAAUUAAGCAAUCGAGAAAUGUAAAAAAUUUAAUUAUUUACAUUUUAAUAUUGACACGGCUAUGAGCUAUAACAUUUUGUACCGGAACUGACUGUAACUUUGAUAGCUUCGUUACGUACGAAGCUAUUGACUUAAUGUGCACUUUAAUUUUGUUACAGAUUUGUUUCUUUUUUAUAAUUUAAAAUUAUUUAUUAUUCUAGCAUUUAAUCAAGUAUUAUAGUUCAAUGAAUAUGUAAUUUAUAAGGCAUAAGACAAAGUAGCACAUUAAAUAAUAAUCGAAAUUAAAUAUUUAUGUAAAUUAAA